AUGGCUCUGUUCAAACUUCUUCUAACUCUGCUACUUUUCCUCUCCACCUCCACAUUAUCUGUCAUUCUGCUACAGUAUACGAUAGCGAACAAGGAAUACAUUUUUGACAGAGAAGAGAUCGCCAAAUUAGCCAAACAGUACGCAGGGCAAGAUCAUGAGCAGGCCUUCUCCAAAGUGGUCGUGGAGCUGAGGAAAAGAUACCCAGGCCACAUCCUCCCAGACGAGGACCUCCAGUGGGUGUUUGUGAACGCGGGCGGCUGGAUGGGCUCCAUGUGUCUGUUGCACGCCUCCCUCACAGAGUACCUGCUGCUUUUCGGCACCGCGGUGGACACCGGCGGACACUCUGGGCGUUACUGGGCGGAGAUCUCGGACACUGUAAUCUCUGGAACUUUCCGCCAGUGGAAGGAGGGCACAACCAAGAGUGAAGUCUACUAUCCUGGUGACUUUAUCGUUCACUCAGUCGGGGAGGCCACCUCGGUGCAGUGGAGCGCGGGCACCUGGAUGGUGGAGUACGGUCGCGGCUUCAUCCCUUCCACACUGGGCUUCGCUCUGGCCGACACCCUGUUCAGCACCCAGGACUUUGUUACCCUGUUCUACACACUGCGCGUUUACGUCAAGGCGCUGAUGCUGGAGACAACCACGCAGCUCACAGAGGCUGGCGUCCUCUGA